AUGCCCGAGAACUUUAUUCAUGUCGAAACGCCAAAUGCGGAGGAGUUUGAAAACCUGCAAAAAAUGUUUUGUUCAUGGCUUGGCCCUGCUGUUAGGAGCAUCGAUUUUAGCAAGGGUCUCAUCGCAAGCAUGCUAAACUCAAAGCGGUCUCCUGAACAGGUCAAAAUUGACAGGAACAUUGAAACUAUUCCCUUGAAACUGAAAUCCCCAGUUCCUAGUGACAUUGAGAUUGCCAGCGAACAAAAACCCAAGCCAAUCAGUAAAGUGGCAGCCGAAAUUGGCUUGACCGAAGAUGAAUAUGAGCCAUAUGGCCGCUACAAAGCCAAGAUCAGUCGACCGAUUCCAAAAUCGACUGAUAACUUUGGAAAGUACGUGUACGUUUGCGGAAUUACGCCCACUCCUCUAGGUGAAGGCAAAUCAACCACUGUCAUUGGUUUGGCCCAAGCUUUUGGUGCACACCUCAAAAAACCCUCUAUUGUCUGCAUUCGCCAGCCCUCACAGGGACCGACUUUUGGAAUAAAAGGUGGUGCUGCUGGUGGUGGCUACAGUCAGGUCAUUCCCAUGGAUGAGUUCAACUUGCACUUGACCGGUGACAUUCACGCCAUUUCCGCUGCCAACAAUCUCAUUGCUGCUGCCAUUGAUGCGCGAAUCUUCCACGAGUCGACCCAGUCAGACACGGCCCUGUACAAUCGUCUGGUGCCAGCACAGCCUCUGAAACCGCGGAAGUUCAGUCGAAUUCAGCUGCGUCGACUGGAGAAACUGGGCAUUCCCACUGACUCUGACCCGUCUUCGCUGACUGAGCAACAGAAGAGUGAGUUUGCCCGACUGAACAUCGACCCUGAGACCAUCAUCUGGCACCGAGUGGUGGACAUCAAUGAUCGCUACCUGCGAAAGAUCACCAUCGGUCAGGCGCCCACUGAGAAGGGAAUUGAAAGAAAGACUGGCUUUGAUAUAUCGGUGGCCUCUGAACUGAUGGCAGUGCUCUCCCUUGCCAAUGACCUCGCCGAUGCUAAGCAGAUGAUUGGCAAGAUUGUGGUUGCCUUCUCCAAGCACACUCCGCCGCGUCCAGUUACCUGCGACGAUCUAGGUCUCACCGGCGCCAUCACUGCUCUUCUGAAGGACGCAAUCAAGCCGACACUUAUUCAAACACUCGAAGGAACCCCUAUCUUUGUCCACUGUGGCCCCUUUGCAAACAUUGCCCACGGCAGCAGCUCGGCCAUUGCCGACAAGAUUGCCCUUGAUUUGGUAGGCAGAGAUGGAAUUGUCCUUACCGAGGGCGGAUUUGGCAGUGAUAUUGGACUGGAGAAAGCAAUCAACAUCAAGUGUCGAGCCACUGGCCUAAAACCAGACGCAGCCGUCAUUGUGGCCACUGUCCGGGCUCUGAAGUGCCACGGUGGAGGACCACCAGUCACACCUGGUGCAGUGCUCGCUAAAGAGUACAAAACAGAAAACCUAGAACUGCUUGCCAAAGGCCUGGUGAAUCUGAAGACGCACAUCGAGAACAUAACGCAGCACUUUGGACUGCCCGUUGUCGUCUCGGUGAAUCGUUUCGCCACUGACACUAAUGCCGAACUGGAGCUCGUACGCUCUAGCGCCAAACAGUUUGGCGCCUUUGACGCCGUCAUCAGUCGCGGCUGGGAGCUGGGCGGUGAGGGAGUGGUAGACCUGGCGAAGGCUGUCGAGAGGGCCACCAAAGAGGCCAGUCCUGGAAAGUUGACUCUGCUCUACGACAACUCGGAGUCAAUCAAGGAGAAGAUUGAAAAAGUCGCAAAGAAUAUUUAUAGAGCUGGAUCGGUAGAAUACUCGGAGUUGGCGGAGAAACGAAUCAAGUUGUACGAGCAAAUGGGCUAUGGCUCGCUGCCUGUAUGCAUUGCCAAGACACAGCUCUCCAUUUCGCAUGAUGCCAGCUUAAAAGGAGCACCAUCCGGCUAUGUUUUUCCCAUUGUUGACAUAAAACCCUCUGUUGGGGCUGGAUUCCUUUAUCCACUUGCGGGAGAGAUCCAAACGAUGCCUGGACUAGCCACUCGACCAGCAUUUUAUGAUAUUGACAUUGAUACAGAAACCGGAUUUAUUGAAGGCCUUUUUUAA